AGCUAAACCGAUAGGUGGCGAUGUUGAUACAUCUCUGACAUGUAGUCAAAAUGGCGGACGAAGCCCUAUUUGAGUUUCUUCACAUGGAAGUUGUUUCUUACCUUUUCAAGACGGCAGACGAGGAGAAAUGCAUUCCGAUCCUGGAGAACAUGGGCUACCGGGUGGGGCACAGUCUGGCAGAAAGAUUUACCCGAGACAGCUCCAGGUUUAAGGAUGAGCUGGACAUCAUGAAGUUCAUCUGUAAGGAUUUCUGGACGAGCGUCUACAAGAAGCAGGUCGACAACCUCAGAACAAACCAUCAGGGUGUGUAUGUUCUACAGGACAACAGAUGCAGAGUUCUUACACAGAUCUCGGCCAGUAAACAGUAUCUGGAGGCUGCACCAAAUUACCUAGCGUUUCCCUGUGGGCUGAUCCGAGGAGCUCUGGCUAACCUGGGCAUCAGCUGCAUCGUCACAGCAGAGGUCCAGAACAUGCCGGCUUGUAAAUUCCAGAUCAUGAUCCAGAGAUCACAAUAGCACCGAGGGCACCUAGCUGAUACCCACUGUACUGCAGACAGAAGUCUGUGAUGCAUAGAUGUACAUGUAUGGAUAUUCAGGCAAUGCUUAUUAGUAUCUCUGUAAAGCCACAGCAGGUCACCACAAUUCCUGUUUAGGCCACACCAAUUGAAUCUGUUGUUUCUCAGAUUUUUUCAGAAAAAAUCAGGAGCGACAGGGCCAAAAAAAAAAAAACAGGACAAGGCACCCCAUGAUAGCCGGAAAUGUUACAAUAUGAGCCAUGAAGUGAACAUACUAGGCUGGUUUAUAAUUAAAACAAUAGAUUUUGAACUUCUAAUGAAACAAAAUUGCAUUAUUACAUUGAAAAACUUAAGAACUAGGAAGAAAAGGACUCUUUCAGUGAGCAUUUUGCAGUAAAUAUAGAACCUAAAAAUUUUUAUUUUUUUUGCAAAUCAGAAAAAAAUGGACAGGGCGAUCCGAGAAACAACAAAUUAAAUUUGUGUGGCCUUAACGAUGUUUACAAUCUCAACAUUUGAAAAUGUAGGAAUCUUGUUUUUUUAAUUCUCGCCUUGUUUUUUUUUUUCCCUAUCGCAUUAAAUCUGGAGUCUGGGCAGGAUGUUAUCCAUAACAUUUACUUGCUGUGGUCUAAUAUUGCUGGCCCAGUGGCUAUCAUAGCCACUAUUACUAUGGAUAACAUGAGAGCUGUGGGGAAUCAUUGUUUGAGACUUUGUACCAUAAGAAAUAGCUACAUGUUACUUGCUGUAAUGUAUUUAAAUGAAAUGUACUUUGAAAUCAGUGUCAAAUUUGUGAAUGAAUGUACAUGUAUUGUCAUAAUUCCCAAUCAUAUACAUGAUUGAAUUUACUGAUAACUAUAUGUAUGUAUGAAUGUCUGCCUAUUGAUUGCAGAACAUUUGAUAUUACAUAUUAUUAGCAUACUUGAAUGUAGUAGUUAUGUGAUGAUUAUUUGAGUACAUGUAUGUGUAAAAAUGAA